AUGGGUGCCAUCUCUCUCUUAAAGAAUAUGCCGGUGAUGAAUCCCUCGUUAUGUAUGGGUGCACAACCAUUGGUGCACCUCCCUCCUCGCUCUUCUCACUUUCCCGCUAAUGGAAAAUUUCAUUCUCUCAAGCCACUUGCAAGUACAGGAGUCGUUGUUAUGAAAGGAUUGGGUUUAGGCUCUAAGAGCACAAGAUCUGUCUUUGCCUGUAACGCUGCGCUGAAUGCAAAAUGCAGCCAAGGACAAACACAGACUGUUACGAGGGAAUCACCAACAAUCACUCAAGCUCCUAUACAUGGAAAGGAGAAAUCCCCAAACCUUGAUGAUGGUGGAAGCGGGUUCCCACCUCGGGAUGAUGGUGGUGGUGGUGGCGGAGGAGGCGGUGGAGAGAGCUUCUCAGGUGGAUUCUUCCUUUUCGGGUUUCUUAUGUUCAUGGGAUACUUGAAAGAUUUGGAGGGCGAACAUGAAACCAGCCACUAG